AUGUCCUCAAACCCCACCCUCAACCACCCUCCCAGCAGCCCAACCUCGACCUCCAUCUCCCCAUCAGAAAAACCUGCAGAACCAGCACCUCUCAAAAGCUACCUUACAGUCUUUGGCUCCACCCUCAUCUUCUACGCCUCUUUUGGCCUUAUGAGCAGCUUCGGCUUCUUCCAAGACUACUACUCGCGCGAAUUCCUGCCUUCAAGUGCGAGUUCGAGCAUUGCGUUUGUAGGGACUCUGCAGAUGGGACUGACGAACGCGAUGGGGGCGCUGUCGGGGGCGCUGUGUGAUCGGUUUGGUAUCAAGUAUUUACUUCUAAGCUCGGGAUUCGGCACUACAGUAUCGUUACUUAUGCUAUCGUUUGUUGAACCGGGACAGUUCUGGCUCGUAUUUCUGACGCAAGGUUUCCUAAUGGGUGUGUCGAUUUCGUUUGGGGUGCAGCCCGCACUUACAGUUGUAGGCCAGCAUUUUAAGGAGAGGAGGGGGCUAGCGUUGGGGGUUGUGUCGAUGGGGUCGGCGAUGGGGGGGAUCGGGUUCCCUGUUAUGCUGGGGCAGGUGAUACCGAGAUGGGGGUUUGGCGGUGCGCUGCGUUUGGCGGCUGUGAAGGUUGUUGUUUGCUACUCGAUUGCACUAUGCAUAUGCACGAGCAAGCCUAUUCGAAGCUCCACCUGCAAGGACCACACUUUUCGUGUAGACUUUGGUGGAUUCAUGGAUCCUCAAUAUGCAGUUCUUUGCGUGGGGACGUGGUUUGCUAUCCUGGGUCUCUGGCUUCCGGCCUAUUAUGUCAAAACGUACGCUGAUAACAUACACCCCGGGAACAACGUCAGCAAAUACUUCCUUUGUAUGAUGAACGGCUCCAGCAUGCUCGGUGCAACAUUAGGAGGUCUCCUAGGCGAUCGCAUAGGCCGAUUCAAUCUCCUCUGGCCCGUCACAUUCCUUUCAGGCUGCCUCUGUCUCUUCCUCUGGCUCCUAAGCACCAACCUCACCACGCUAAUCUUCUUCGUCUGCGCAUACGCCUUCUUUUCCAGCAAUGUAAAUACACUCCCAACAUCGAUCAUCGGACAGAUUACUCCAGACGACAAGUUCGGCGCGAGGACCGGGGCUUUCUACAGCGUCAUCACCAUCUCAAGUCUGAUCGGGACACCGAUCGGCGGAGCACUUAUCGUAGACGAGCAUGUUAGGGAGGGGUAUCGGUGGUUGAUACUGUUUUCGGGAACUGCACUCAUUGUCGGAUCCAUAUUUAUGCUCGGCAGCCGCACGCUGCACGGCAAGGACUCACGCAGGAGACGGGAAAUGGAGAUAUCCUAG